AUGGUGGUUUGGAGCAAUGAUAGGUAUGAAAGUGUGGAGCACAGGGCAGUAGUGAAUUCUGAGAAAGACAGAAUCUCCAUCCCAUUCUUCUUCAGCCCCGCUCACUACACCAUUGUGGAACCCUUGGAAGAGCUAAUAAAUGAUCAAAACCCUGCCAAGUAUAAGCCAUAUAACUGGGGGGAGUAUUUCACAAACCGAAUACGCAGCAAUUUCCAGAAGCUUGAUGUUGAAAAUAUUCAAAUCUAUCAUUUCAGGCUCCCAGAUAAAUUUGGUUAA